AUGAUACUGCGACUGUCAUCCCUCGCCUUGGGCUUGCUCUCGGCGAGUCCUCUGGCAUGCGCACUGUCCGCCGCAGACAUCCCCGCAGACCUGCCCGUGUCGCAGCUGAUCAAGGAUGCCGGCGUGAAGCUGGCGACGGGCGAAACCCACGAUGCUCUUACCUACUUCGACGUGGCCAUUUCGCGCGACCCGCAAAACUACAUGACGUACUUUCGACGCGGCGCCGCAUACCUCUCCCUUGGGCGCACUACCCAGGCACAACACGACUUUGACAAGGUGCUGGAACUGAAGCCUGGGUUCGAAGGCGCACUUGUGCAGCGAGCCAAGAUUAAGGCUAGAAAGGCCGACUGGGCUGCGGCGCGCAAAGACUACGAGGCUGCAGGCAAGACGGCUGAGAUUGCGGAGCUUGAUGAGGCCCAGGGCGCUGCCAUACUUGCGCAAGAGGCGGCUGACAAAGGCGAUUGGGAGGCCUGCGUCAGCCACGCGGGCACUGCCAUUGUCGUCGCAGGUGGCGCACAUGACAUCAGGAAACUCAGGGCAAGGUGUCGCUUCGAAAAGGGCGAGGUCAUCGAGGGCAUCAGCGACCUGCAGCACCUCCUGCAAAUCAACACGGGCGACAUCGAGCCUCACCUUCAGAGCUCCGCCAUGGCCUUUUACUCUCUGGGUGAAACCGAGAAAGGGCUCAAACACAUCGCACAAUGUCUCCAAUCAGAUCCUGACUCAAAAGUCUGUAUGAAGCUCCGACGACGCGAAAAGAGCCUGGAAAAGAGCCUGAAGAAAGUCCGCAGCUUCUUCUCAAAGCGCCAAUUCGCCACUGCGUCCAAGCUCCUCAUUGACCGUGGCGAAGAAGAGCCAGGCCUGUUGAAGGAGGUCAAGCAAGAUUUCCAGGACUACGUUGCGGCAGGCUAUAUCUAUCCCUCUGCACCGCAAGGCCUGUACCAAGAGCUCGUCGAAAUGACUUGUGAAGCCUACAUCGAAAUGAACAACUUCAAAAAGGGCGCACCUUACUGCACCGAAACACUUCAACUCAACCCCGACUCCCUUCACGGCGCCCUCUACAAAGCACAAAAGGAAAUUGAAGCCGAUGACUUUGAAGCCGCGAUCCGCACCCUCGACCACGCCAAGGAACACCAUCAAUCACAAAAACUGAAUGAACUCUACAACAAAGCACACACGCUGCUCAAACGAUCAAAAACAAAAGACUACUACAAAGUCCUAGGCGUAUCCCGGGAUGCAAGCGAGAGGGAGAUCAAGAAGGCCUAUCGCAAGCUGUCCAAGCUCUUCCACCCAGACAAGGCAAGCGCGAAUAACAUUACACCCGAGGAAGCGCAGAAGAAGAUGGCGGCUGUCAACGAGGCGUAUGAAGUCCUCUCUGACCCAGAGCUCAAGGAGAGGUUUGAUCGCGGCGAUGAUCCAAACAACAACGAGCAGCAAGGACAUCCAUUCCAGGGCUCACCCUUUGGCGGUGGACAACAAUUCAUGUUCAGACAAGGCGGAGGGUUCCCUGGCGGAGGCCAGUUCAAGUUUCAGGGCGGUGGGUUUCCUUUCUAG